AUGCCAAAGCGCGACCGCCAGCCCGAGCACUGGGGCUCGCUCGUCCCGCACAACUCCAUGCACGGCCGCCGUCCCGUGCCGCUCUCCCGCCCGACAGUCGUCAUUGGCAAAGGAGGCGACGUGCGAGCGCCGUCCAACCCGCAUCUUUCGAGGCACCACAUCCGGCUCGAGCGAGAGGGCGACGGCAGCGUGUACGCGACUCACCUCUCCGCGCUGAAUUCGACAUGGCUAAACGGCAAACGCCUCGAGCACGACCGGCGGACGCUCGUCGAGCCGUGCGCAGGCAACGCGCCGUACAGCCUCACAGGCGAGGCGCCCGACGCGCCGCUCCUCUUCGUGAGCGUGCCGAACGCUGCCAGUGCACGCGCGGCCUGCGAGGAGAGGAAGCUCAACGGCUGGUGCGGCUGGUCGCUGCGCCUUGAGCGAGCGGGCGACUGCGUUGCCGCUCCUGCCGGAGCCUCCGCUGCGCCUUCCGCAGAGCCGCAGCGAGGCGGAGCGCUUGUGCUCUGGUCCAGAGGCGGCGGCGACGCGGCGGCGGCUGAGACGGAGAAGCCCGCUGCGGCGGCGCAGUCGUGGGCGGUGGCGGCGACGGUGGCGGCGACGGCAGCGGCGGAGAACUCGGAGGAAGCGGAGGCAGAGGCGGCGGCGGCGGCGGCGGCGGACGCGACGGCGACGGCGAAGGCGGAGGCGGCAGAGGCGGCGGCGGCGGACGCGGCGGCGAUGGAGGAGGCGGAGGUGGAGGCGGCAGAGGCGGAGGCGGCGGCAGAGCCGGAGCCAGAGUGGGGCUCGGAGGAGCGGCGCGCGAAAGAGACCAUCUUCCGCGGCGUGCGGCUGCUGCUGGCGGCGCGGCUCGGCGACAAGCUGCGCGAGCUGCAGGAGGAGGUGGUGCGGCGCGGCGGCGGAGAGGUCGUAAGCGACGUGCGCGAGGCGACGCACUUGGCGCUCGAGUCGGACCGCCGCCCCUCCGAGCUGGCGUGCCUGGCCGCGCUGCCGGAGGCCGAGUGGCCGCGCCUCGUGACGAAGGACUGGGUCGGGCAGUGCUCCAAGGUCCUCUCCGCCGACGGGUCGCGGACCGACGUGCUGCGCAAGAACUUGCACCCCAGCGCGGUGGCUGCGGCGCGCGAGCCCGCCUCGCCCGAGGCGUCUGUGGGACCCGAGCCAGGUGGGGCGAGUCCGACGCGCCCGAGUUGCAACCUUUGCCAAUGGGUCGGAGGCGGCGGCGGAGGGCCGGCGGCGGCGCAGGGCCUCGCAGGGCCGAGUGCGCUCAGCGAACCGCCCGCGUCCGACGCCUUCUUUGUCCGCGACCCGCCGUCGCCACCGCCGGAGCUCAAGCGCGCAAAGGAGGAGGCGAGGGCCAAGGCCAAGAAGGGCAAGGCAGCGCGGACGCACCAGCACCAGCAGAGUUGGGGCCCACGCGAGAUGAACGCGUCAAAGCACCGCUGCCUGCUGGCAGAGACCUACGAGAAGGAGGAGGACGACGAGCGGCUCGCAGAGGAAGUGUGGAUAGCCACCGAGAAGUUCGACGGUGUGCGCAUGCGAUGGGAAGGUCACAAGCGUGGCUUCACCGGUCGCAACGGCCAGGGCCAUUUUCAGCCCCCGGACUCCUUCAAAGCGCUGCUGCCGGAGGAGCACCUCGACGGCGAGCUGUGGGCGGGCCGGUGCCGGUUCUCCGCGGUCGGGUCUCUGCAGGGCACCAAGGGGUUGGGGAGGCGUUUGCACGAGAUGGCCUGGCACAGCCUAACGUACGUCGUCUUUGACGCACCGCAAGUGGCCGGGCCCUACAUGCAGCGGCUGGAGGCGGCACGCCGCGCGCUCGCCGCCGUUGGGCCGCCGGACGGGCGCAUCGUCGUUGCGCCGGCAGUGCGAGUGGCGGACGCGACGGCCAAGGACGCGCUGCUGCAGCGCGUGAUUGCCAAACGCGGCGAGGGGCUCGUGCUGCGGCGCGACGAGGCCUGGUGGCGCCGCAACGUGCUCAAGGUAAAGCAGUGGCUCGACGCUGAGGCUGUGAUCGUGGGCCACAAAAACGCGCACACCACCGGCAACUUGCCGACCGUGCUGGUGCGCGCGCUCAACGCGCCGAACGCCAGCCCGUCCAUCGAGUUUGAGCUGAGCGUCGAGCGGCCGUCGCCCGAGGCUCUGAAGCAGCGGACGCUCCUCGAGGACCUGCAGCUGCGAUUUCCGGUGGACACAAUUGUCACAUUUGUGUACCGACAAAUCUCGAAGGGGAGUGGGGCGCCCACCAUCCCCGGAGGGGCGCCAAAGAUCAUGCGAGUCCACCCCUUUGACUGUGACUGUUGUGUCUGCCGUCCCGAGGGUGACGAUACUACGUGA